GCGGGUAACAACAUAUUUAUUGUACUGACUUCCGACUACCAAGGAAUAUUGUCUUGGCUCGGGCUUGUCGAGAUGCAGGAAGAUUUGAAUAUGCUUCUCAUACCGUCAUGAGACGUUGUCAAUAUUUUGACGACGUAGGAAAUAAUUUGCGGUGAUCGGUUGAUAUAAAAUCAUCAGCCUGUUCCGCUAUCUGUUCCUCCAGCAUCUUGGAAAUAUAACCCUGGCAACGAAUCGAAACAAUGAUUCUAACGAAAGUUUUUCAAUCUCUUUUGGCUUUGACUGCUGUCAGCACAACCAUGGCCAUGCCUACGAAGCGAGACACUAAAGUGGGAUAUCUCUUUACAUCAUUCCCUGUCGAUGAUGAGGCUAUCUACAUGCACCUGUCAAAUGACAACGACCCCUUGUCCUACCAAGCUCUUUCUUUAGAUGGCACGGCAGAAACACAAGCCAUCUUGCGCAGUGGUGUCGGCACCAAAGGUGUCAGAGACUCCUUCAUCGUGCCUUCCCAGGAUGGAAGCAAGUUCUGGCUCAUCGCAACUGAUCUUCUUGCCAACAACUUCACCAACGACUUCAAUGCAGCAACCAGAUUUGGCUCCAGACAGCUCGUCAUCUGGGAGUCUGAUGACUUGGCUACAUGGUCCGAGGCUCGCCUCACACCCAACCUCGUCAACUCUACCGCCGGAAACGCAUGGGCACCGGAAGCAUACUGGGAACCUCUGAUUGAAGCCUACAUUGUCAUCUUUGCCUCCCGCUUCUGGUCUGAUGCCGACCCUGACCGUACCGGCCCUCAACCUCCUAACAAACUGAUGUAUGUCACCACCACCGACUUCAUCACCUUCUCCGAAGCACAACUCUACUUCUAUCCCGACUACCCCGUCAUCGACGCCACCUUCAUCGCAACCCCCGAACAAGGACCCAACGUCUGGUACCGCUGGAUAAAAUCCGAGGUCGACUACACAAUUUACCAACAACGCUCCUCCAACGGUAUUCUUGGCGACUGGGCCAAUGUAGGAAAUGCUGGGCCUGAUGUACGCGUCACUUUUGCUUCCGAGUAUGCCAACAAUGAGGGACCUUUGAUCUUUAGGGAUAACUUGGAUGCUGGCAAGUUUCAUCUUUGGAUUGAUGAGAAUACGCUGCAGACGUAUAUUCCUGCUACGGCGGAUACUUUGGAUGAUAUGGGUGCGUGGGUGCGUGAUGAUAUGAGUGGAUUCCCAAAGGAUGUCAAGCAUGGAAAAGUGUUGGCUAUUGAUCAACAGCAGUAUGAUGCUAUUUUGGACAAGUACAAGGUUGUUGGUUCAUAGAGUAACAGUUUAUGCAUUUCUGAGCUUAUCAUGAUAAUCUCGAAUCAUCUG